AAUACUCAGAAUAAGCAUGAGAUGAUACUGAAGGAAGAAGAGGAUAUCGUGAACCGAGGUAUUGACAAUGCAACUAAAUUACUUGCGUGGUACAAUGAACGACUUUGUUCAGUGCAGAAAAGGAGUCGUUUAGUCAAUAAAGGAAUGGUCUCUCUUGUAGGUUUCCAUCUAAUUGCUUCGUUUGGGGUCUUCCUCUCGAAUGAUACGUCAGUACAUGAACAAAAACUGAAUUACUUGAGAGCGCACAUAUCGGAACUGAAUCGACGGAUGACAUCGUUAAUGGAAAGCAGCGAACACGGAUUCCCAACCCAUUCCAAUUUACAGGUGAUCGUUUUCGCAUCUCGUUCCAUUAUACGUUUUGAAAUCAAUAUAUUAAAGCCAGUUAAAACGCAGAUGCCGCAGCCGUCUGACGAUCGUGCUCAUUAUUUACAACGACAGAACCGUAUGUUGUGUCAGGUAUGUCUGACAGUCGAUUCAUUGUAUCCAUCGACAUUUUGCUAUUUGAUGAUAAAACGCUGA